AUGUCUGCUUCAAUACAUAAGAAAUUACGCUCUUUUAAAUUAUCUCAGAUGGAUCUUGAACGCUCAUUAUGGGACAUGGCAAACCUGUUUCGAGCACCCCGUCGCGUUUAUAGAUCCAUUAAUUUACGAGUAAAAACUAUUAACCAGUAUGGACGUGAAGAUCUCUCAUUUAUUAUUUUGUUUUCCACUUUAAUUAUAUUUACAUCAUUCUGUUGGGCACUCUUUUUUGAAAACUCUCUCAAAGGAUACAUUUCUCUUUUGUGUUCCAUGCUUUUUGUCGACUUUCUCGCAGUCGGGUUCAUCCUUUCCUCCAUUUAUUACUUUGUCGCGAAAAGGUUUCUCCUAAAAGACAUCUAUCGAGAGUCCGCAUCCAUUGGCUCUUUCCAGAAUCAGCUGGAAUGGAAGUAUUGCUUUGAUAUUCAUUGCAAUUCUUUUUUUCCUGUCUUUGUUCUUUUGUACAUUAUCCAGUUGAUUCUUUUACCCAUUAUCAGCGGUUCAAACUUUAUUUCUCUUUUUCUAGGAAACUCGCUUUAUUUAGUUGCCCUUUGCUACUAUACCUAUUUAACAUUUAUCGGAUAUCAGACUUUACCUUUUUUGAAAGAUACACACACUCUACUAAUUCCUAUACCGAUGUUUCUCAUUAUGUGGGCUCUUUCACUCUUGGGUUACAACGUCCCUCAGCACAUCAUUUCUGUGUAUUUCAGAAAUGAUGCUUAA